UGCUGCGUCAACACCACAACUUCUUGUUUGAUCACUUGCUACAUUCUCGGUAUAUCAGGAUGGUUUUCUGACGAUGUCGUGACCCCCAAUUUCCAACACCUUUACAUAAGCCACCUUCAUUUUGCCUUCUCCGUCCCUUUGGUCAGUUGACCCGGAACCUGAACAGUGAACGCCGAAUGCCAGCGCGAUCUGACCUGCGCCUCGAAUCCUACGUCGUCGAAAUUACCAGCCAUCCUCUGUCGCAAAUCCUCUUCUCCACGAGCAGCCGCACAUUUUGUCAGAUUCUCAAGCAAACCUUCUCCGAAUUGCCCCAGUCCAGAUAAAUAAUGGCUUCUCAUCUGCGAGCCGAUAUCCUGCAUGGCAGAAACCAUCCCGGCGACCACUCGUCCGACACGCGAUGGAGGCAUGAGGAAUCAAGGUCUUACGCACGGCAUGCUCUUGCAAACCCGCGCGAGGCAGAUGGGAGGGGCGGCAGCAAAGAUCUUGCGGAUUUCUUGAACAGCACAAGAAUCGAAGGACCUCGGGCAUCGGCGGCACACAGGUCGAAGCCUCUUAUGGUUCCUGGGAACGUUCGAGGCCCAGGAGCUCAGAACUUGAGUGCAGAAGAAUCUACAGUUGCGGUUGGAGAAGCUACACAGGCCAAUACGGGCACAAUGGAAGUCAAAUGUGGUCCGCUCCUCAACUACAGGCGCAUGGAGAACGAGACUUGGUAUGGCAGCGUGUUAAUUGUGACAAAAGGAGGUGGCCUUAGGGAAGGCCCUGUGGCACCUGAGCUGAGAUUGAGAAUUCUCGGCCCAGCGCACACCGUUACAUCUGGACAAGUAGGACUCAACGGAGCCGGAGGCGAACCUUAUGGAAUGGUGAAUGGAGUCGAUUAUGGAGGGUUCGAACAACCAAGUUCGGCAUCACCAGCACCAAGUAAUGGCGUGCAAAAACAAGAAGCUACUGGUGGUGGAAGCAGUUCCGAGGACGUCAAAGUCGAGGGUACGAAACUAUAUUCAGAUCCUACAAACACAUUCUGGAGGUUCGAUUUGCAGGUGCCAAUGCAGCAAUCCGAAUUACACUGCGAAUAUGACAUUCCCGGCUUGAGUUUCCCGACAGGUGAGAAGAGAGACAAGCAAAACUUCUUUAUCCCCGCCAUAUCGGAGUCAAUGAGGAUCAUGUUCCAUUCUUGCAAUGGAUUCAGCGUUGGCACAGAUGAGAAGGCUUGGAGCGGUCCCGCACUUUGGAAUGAUGUCUUGCGAGUACACCGAAAGACUCCCUUCCACGUGAUGCUGGGCGGUGGAGAUCAGAUCUAUAACGAUGGCAUUCGAGUGCAUGGCCCUCUCAAGGAGUGGACUGGUAUCGGAAAUCCGAAAAAGAGGAGAGAAUACCCCUUUCCUGAGAAAUUGAGGAAGGACUGUGACAAAUAUUAUGUCGACAACUAUAUUCGAUGGUAUUCAACGGAACCGUUCGCAAGUGCCAAUGGACAAAUUCCUCAGCUGAAUAUAUGGGAUGACCAUGAUAUCAUUGAUGGUUUCGGCUCAUAUGUUGACGAGUUCAUGCGCUGUUCAGUCUUUCGAGGCAUUGGAGGCACUGCAAACAAGUAUUAUCUACUCUUUCAGCAUCACCUCGCACCACCCAUCUCUACAUUCACGACUGAUGCCGUGCAAACAACUUCAAAUCAAGGUGCUGGUGCUGACCCAAGACAACUCGAAAAUACCUUCGUACUUAAGGAGCAUUCUAUUGACCCAAGCUAUAUCAUUGGAUCCAAGCCCGGACCAUACGUUGCGGAGCACUCUCGAAGCAUUUUUUGCCGGAUGGGCGCACGAAUAGGAUUUUUUGGCAUUGACGCACGAACGGAGCGUACGCGGAAACAAGUCAAUUAUCCUGAAACUUACCACAUCAUAUUCGAUCGAUUACGAAAAGAGCUCAGCGCGUCAAAAGCUUCCUCGUCUCCUAUCACGCACUUGAUUGUCUUGCUUGGAAUUCCCAUAGCCUAUCCUCGCUUAACAUGGUUAGAGAACAUAUUCAGUUCCCCUCUUAUUGCCCCAAUCAAGUUUCUCAAUAAGAGAUUCGGCUUUGGCGGCGGUUUCUUCAACCACUUCGAUGGAAGCGUAGACUUGUUGGACGAUCUCGAUGACCAUUACACUGCUCGCACACACAAGAAGGAACGCCUAUACCUUGUGGAACAGCUUCAAUCGCUUUCUGCGGAAUACUCUGUUCGAAUCACGAUCCUCGGUGGCGACGUUCAUCUGGCAGCAGUAGGGAGGUUCUACUCAAAUCCUAAACUCAAUGUCCCGGUCCUCCAAGAUCAUCGGUACAUAGCGAAUAUUAUCUCUUCGGCAAUUGUCAACAAACCCCCUCCGCAAGCUGUCGCCAACCUGCUUGCGAGAAGAAACAAGAUACAUCAUUUAGACCCGGACACGGAUGAGACUCUAAUGACCUUCUUCGAUAGAAAUCCUGGGAGUUCCAACAAGACCUCCGGCUGGAAUCAUGUGACCAUGCCAAGUCGAAAUUUCGCCAUGAUUACAGAGAACCAUGAGCUAGGAGCGAAUGGUGCUGCGAAUGGCCAUGCUGGAAAUGGGACAGACGACACAACUGAUCUAUCCAGACAGUCGACACUCAAAGUUAAAGAUGGCCAUAGCUGCUUGCAUGAGGGAGAAGUGGAUGCCGGCAGCAAACACAAGGCUGCCGAUAUGGAAAAGCAUGGGAAAGGCUCUGAUGGCAGUCUCGAUGUAUGCAUCAGAGUCGAGAUGGAUCAGCACGAUCCAGAAGGCAAGACACAACUUUAUGGGAUGACCAUUCCGAUUCUGAAGUAUGAUGGUGCUGCAGAGAACGUUAUGAGGAAGCGAGACGCUAUUCAGGGGAUCAUCAAUCAGAAGGCCUGAACGAGGGAUCUGUAUAAAAUUGGGAGGCACUUUGAGGUUGGGCAUAGUAAUUAGGUUGGAGAUAUCUCUCCUAGAUACAACUAAGGCUGGUUGCAAGCUGGCAGCCACUACAAUGAAAGCUUUGAUUUCCCAACAUAUUUUGGAGCUUUGAUCCAGAGAACAAGCUUGACAAGUCAAGCACAAGCUUGAGCUGAAGCGAUGGCGAUGAUGCUUCAGUUGAUGUGGCGAG